GAGCUUCAGUUAUCGACGGAAUUUUUACCUGGCAAGAAGAAUAAUAAAGACAACAUCAGCUAAAAUGGAUCGUUGGUCAAAUCGCGUUGCUGUUGUGACGGGGGCAAGUUCCGGCAUCGGAUCUGCUUGCUGCAAGGAUCUGGUUGCGAAGGGUUUGGUCGUCGUGGGCUUGGCCCGUCGGGAGGAGCGUUUGAAGCAGCUGAAGGAAUCCCUGCCAGCGGAUCAGCAGGCUCGAUUCCAUGGCCGCAAGUGUGACGUCAGCGUGGAGCAGCAGGUGGUCGACGCUUUUGCAUGGAUAGAUGAGACGCUGGGAGGGGCGGACGUCUUGGUUAACAAUGCAGGUAUCACCACCGGUUCCCUGAUCACGGAUGCCGACAAUGCCGCCGACAUGCGAUCCGUGUUGGACACCAAUGUCCUGGGAUUCGUCUGGUGCGCCCGCGAGGCUUUUAGGUCACAGCAGAAGCGCAACGUCACCGAUGGCCAUGUGGUGGUCAUCAACAGCGUUGUGGGUCACAAAAUUCCCAUUAUGCCGGGAUUCGGCUUCAAGAUGUAUGCCCCUUCCAAGUUUGCGGUCACCGCUUUGGUGGAGGUGCUGCGACAGGAGUUCCAGCAAAAGAAGACGCAGACCAAGAUUACAAGCAUCAGCCCUGGAGCCGUCGACACAGAGAUCAUUGAUGAAAAAAUCAAGGAGAUCAUGCCAAACUUCCCUAUGUUGCGUGCUGAGGAUGUUGCUGACGCAGUUUCUUAUUGCAUCCAAACGCCUCCCAAUGUGCAGAUCCAUGAGCUAACCAUCAAGCCUAUCGGUGAAUCCUUUUAAAAGAGGUUCCAUUGGAAUUGAAACUUUUGCGCAAAUUUUACCGAGUAAGUUUCAUCAGCCAUUCGAAAAUGAAAGUAAAUAGGAGCAAUAAAACAUUGUGUUUAAUAUGAAGUUGUUCCACGUAAGUACGGAUUGAUGUAAGAAAACGCAAUUCAACAUCUGGUUUAAACAGAGAAAAUAAAUAAAUAUAUUCCCAGUACGGGAGACAUAUGACUCCCAUAA